UAAUCGAGAAUACAUUAAUUGUGAAUGAAUAAUUCGCAUAAAAUAUAUGGUUAAAUGCACUAGGGGACUCGGGGGCGGGGCAGUGACGGCGGGUGUAAUUGUUGUCAGAGCCGCUAGAGGGCAGUGUGUCUCUGGUAAAACUGACACAAUCUUCCGGGACUCAAACCUCUGCAACUGUUUACUCUGGAACAAAAAUAUUUGACUGUCAUACUCUGGUUCGUAGAGGUUUCGCUCUCGUGUGUAUCAUCAUCAUGUCUUCGGUUGAGGUGUCUGAAGGCUCGGUUCUGCUGGAGAUCUGCGGAGAUCAGCCGCUGUUCUACCGACAGGCGCUUCCGUCGAGCGGGGCCAGACUCUGCGUGCUGCUGCUGCACGGGAUCCGGUUCUCGUCGGAAAACUGGCUGAAGAUCGGGACUCUGGAGAGCUUAGCUGCCGCAGGUUACCGAGCUGUGGCCAUCGACCUGCCAGGUUUGGGUCAGUCUAAGGCGGCUCCGGCCCCGGCUCCAGUGGGUCAGCCGGCUCCAGGUGUGUUCCUCAGACAGGUGUGUGAGGCUCUGCAGACCGGCCCUGUGGUGGUCAUCAGUCCGUCUCUCAGCGGCAUGUACUCGCUGCCCUUCCUCUUCCAGCACUCCGAGCUGGUCAAGGCCUACAUCCCUGUGGCUCCCAUCUGCACAGAGAAGUUCACAGCAGAGCAGUACAGCAGCGUGCAGACUCCAGCUCUUAUAGUUUAUGGAGACCAGGACACUCAGCUCGGGGAAGCGUCGCUAAGCAAUCUGAAGAAUCUGCCCAAUCACAAAGUGGUGGUAAUGAAGGGGGCGGGGCAUCCUUGUUAUCUUGAUGAUCCAGAGACCUGGCAUAAAGCGGUCCUGGACUUCCUACAGUCGUUGUGAUCAUGUUAAAAACCCUAAUCGUUUAAAACAUAUGAAGUAUGUUUAAUUUCAUACUUAUCUGAUUAUGUAAAAAAAAAAACACUAUCUUUUAUCUAUGUAAGUCUGCAUUAAUUGGCUUUUUUGUGUUAUUAGUUGCAAUGUUUUUCAUUUUCAAGACCUAAAGUUGACACAAGUUUGCUGUUUUCUGAGUUAAAGAGGAUAGUCAAUGAGAAAAGAACAGGAUGGGACUUGAUGUUAUCCAUUGGGAACCGAUAAGACUGAAAAAUUGGUGUUUCUUAUCAAUGGAGCCUUUUUUCAAAAUUGUGUGCAAGGAAUCAUUUUUCACAGUCAUUAACAAAAAUCAUGCAUAAAAGUAAAUAAGAGUAACUCUUGAAUUUUCUUUUUUAAUUCAGAAAUGGAUGCAAGUUUGUGAUAUGUCGCCUUUUAAUAUGCCUUUGACAAUAUAGUGUAUUUUUCCCCAAACUUUUUUACUAUUUAACUUUAUCAUAGUAAUUUUGUGUUUUUAAAAGAGAUUAAUAGAAACUGCAACUUAAAAGUGAAUAAUUAAAUAUACUUUUAAGAAUGUUUUAAUUGUAUAAAAGAGUAUUAUGAUGCUAUACAUGUUAAAAUAGGGACCAGUGACUUCAAUCACAUUCACGUGUUUACGCAUCUCUAAUAAGUCUCUGUAAGUUGUUGAUUGCAUCAGAAAAAUAACCACUACACAAUGCACUGAAGUGAAAAAUAUGAACAUUAUUUAAUAACUGAUUCUCUGUAAUAAACAAUUUGAAAAUA